GAAAAAAUAAAAAGGGAAUCUAUACACUAGCGUGUUCUGUUCUUCAAAGCCACAAGAUGCUGAGAAGAAAGCCAUCGAAAAUCGAAGUUAAGAUCGAAGACAAAGAAGAACUCGAAGAAGCUCGCCGUCGUAACACCACCAUCACCGCCGCCAACACCACCACAACCACCACUGGCGCUGCUACUCUCCUCCGUCAAUUCGAUCGUGCAGAAGAUCCAUCUUCCAAAGGGAAUCGCAUCGGCCUCUAAUCCUAAACUCUUUCCAAUCCGCUCCCUCUCUCUACCCUCUUCCGAAAUGGAAGUCGAAGUGAAGCUUCGUCUCGCAAACGCAGAAGCUCAUCGCCGCGUCACCACCUUGCUCUCUCCCUUCCACGUCGUAACCCACCGCCAACACAACCUCUUCUUCGAUGGCGCCGCAUCUGAACUCUCUUCCCGCCGCGCCAUUCUUCGUCUCCGAUUCUACGGUAACGACGAACAGUGUGUUGUUUCGCUCAAAGCAAAGGCGGUACUUGUCGACGGUGUGAGUCGCGUUGAAGAAGACGAAGAAGAUUUGGAUCCGAAGGUUGGUCGUGAAUGUGUUCCUGAACCGGGGAAGCUGGGUUUGUUGGAGUCGAGGAUUCUGAAAAGGGUGAAGGAGGAAUUUGGGGUGGUGGGUGAAAAUGGGUUUUUAGGUUUAGGAGGUUUUCGGAAUGUGAGGAAUGUUUAUGAUUGGAAAGGGUUGAAAUUGGAAGUGGAUGAGACUGAUUUUGAUUUUGGAACUUUGUAUGAGAUCGAGUGUGAGAGUGCUGAUCCUGAAGAAGCUAAACGCAUUCUCGAGGAGUUUUUGAAGGAGAAAGAAAUUGAUUAUUCAUACUCAGUGGCUUCCAAAUUCGCAAUUUUUCGAUCUGGGAAAUUGCCAUAGUGAGUGAAUUUUCUAUUGUUUUUAAUUGAGUUGAAUUGAACUGGUUUAUAAAUUAUGCUUAUGUAGUUGAGUUGAAUUUUCGUAUCCCUUUGUACUUAAUUGCCCUGAAGCUGUUUGUUAAAAUUCCGCCACGGUUAUAACACUGCUAUUUGAGAACAACGGUUUGUUAAUUCACUAUUUAAGAUUAUUGAUUCAAUAGUAUAUUUUUGACA